AUGAACGACCCGAUGCGCAACAACAUGAAUGGGAAAUUCGUCCCACAAACGAAACCGACGUUGGCCGACGGUGACGAUGAGGUAGAUCAUUGGCUCGCCACACUGGACGCGGAUGUCGCGGCACAUCAGACGAUGGUUGUGGUGGAUGUCGCUUGCAAUGGAACGGAAAAGUUACUGGCCAGGUCCGGGCGGAGACUGUAUCUGAACUACCGCUGGCUGGUGCUGGAUUCUCGGGCACUCAACGGAGGCAACGGUUCCCUCGAGACCUAUCUGGACGCCCUGAGACCGUUGCCCUUGUUAGUUAGCAGUGAAGUUUUCGUGCCGCUUAAUGAAGGACUGAAUGCAAUGCGAUUCGUGCAGGUCUACAAAGUAUCUAAUGAUGCUGAUUUGCUUACGGAGCAGUUUGCCCUGUGGACAAGGGACCAAUCGGGAGCUAAAGCCGAGCUUAUAGACCUACGCGAGAAGACGGUGACAUCGGUCAGAAGGAAAAAUCUGCUGGGACAUUCCUUACGAGCCUCGAUGGUGAUCACCGACCCGGACACGGUGAACCACCUGACGGACUAUAAGAAUAAGCACAUCGAUACGAUAACGAAGGUGAACUACCUGCUGACGAACUGUCUGGUGGCAUACCUCGGAGCCGGUGUGAACUACACGCGCGUGUCCUCCUGGGGUUACUACAAUGCGACCACCGGGCUCUGGGACGGCAUGAUCGGGGAGCUGGUGCACGACGUGGCGGACCUGGGUGCCUCGCCGCUGUUCUUCACCACCGAUCGUAUCGCCGUGAUCGAGUAUCUCGCCAUGACGUCGGAGACGCGGUCAAAGUUUAUCUUCCGCUCGCCAAAGUUGUCCUACACCGAGAACGUGUUUAUCUUGCCGUUCGACAAUCACGUUUGGGGUUGCGUUAUCGCCGUCAUCGUACUCUCUGCGGUGUUGUUGCUCGUGACACUGUGGGCGGAAUGGCGUGUCGCGGCCGAUGGUACCGGCUGGACCCCCAGCCCACCGGAUGCGUCCGUCUUGACGGCUAGCUUUCGUGACACACUGCUCCUGAUGUACGGUGCGUCCUGCCAGCAGGGAUCGUCCGUCCUGCCCCGGAGUUGCUCGGCCCGCACCAUCACAAUGCUCACGUUCACCGUGCUGAUGUUCCUAUACGCCAGCUACUCGGCCAACAUCGUCGCCCUGCUACAGAGCCCGUCAACGAGGAUCCAAUCGUUGGAUGAUCUGCUCGCCUCCCGGCUCAAGUUUGGCGUGCACGAUACAGUGUUCAACCGGCACUACUUCACGCACGCCACGGAGCGGACUCGGAGAGCGCUGUACGAGCAGAAGAUCCGCGUGCCGGGCGGACGGGACGCCUUCAUCCCGCUCGAGGAGGGUGUCGAUCGGAUCCGGCGGGGUCUGUACGCGUUCCACGUUGAGCAGGGUGUUGGCUACAAGGUGAUCAGCGAAACGUACCAGGAGGACGAAAAGUGUGGCCUUCAGGAGAUACAGUACCUGCAGGUGAUCGACCCGUACUAUGCGAUCCAGAAGAACUCUUCCUACAAGGAGAUGGUGAAGAUUGGCCUCUUUCGCCUCAAUGAACAUGGCAUUCAGUAUCGGGAGAACGCAAAGCUGUACACCAAAAAGCCCACGUGCUCUGGUGGUGGUGGCAAGUUCGUCCCAGUGAGUCUCGUAGAUGUUGAGCCUGCCGUCUGGAUCAUUUUGUGGGGUGGUGGAUUGGCUGCGAGCUUCUUUGUGGCGGAGUCCAUCUACUUCCGGAGUCUGUCUGAAGCAAUGCGCACCAAAAUAAAGUUCUGUUUUCGAUACUUUCGAAGCCGAUCACCGGGGACGAAGGUGGGGACCUAA